AUGAGCUCAGACGAGGAGGUGAAGAGGGUCGUGAAGAAGGAGAAGGAGAAGAAGAAGAAAGAAAAGAAAGUCAAAAAGGACAAGAAGGAGGGAAAGAUUUCUAAAUCAAAGAUUGAGGCCGAAUCGAACUCGGACAACGAGGCCACCGACACACCAGCGAAGAAGCGCAAGCGCGAGGUCUUGCCUGACGAGAUCGUCGUCGAUGUCGCACUCCCCGAACCGGCCUCGAAGAAGGCUGCCCGUGCUGCGAAGAAGGCAAAGCUGAAUCCCAAGCCUGCUGCGACCGAGGCGUCUGGCGACGCAACAACAGACGGCGCCAACAGCGAGGCAAAGAAGACAAGCGAAGAGAAGCGCUCAGAGUUUGGCGUAUGGAUCGGCAACUUGCCCUGGUCUGCCACCAAGGACUCGCUGCGCAGUUUCAUCAUGGAGAACACGGAGAUCAAAACCGAGCAGAUCACCCGAGUGCACAUGCCUCCGUCUACAAAGCCUGUUCCCGCACAUUGGACCACUAAGCCCAACAACAAGGGCUUCGCAUACGUUGACUUCUCGACCGAGCUCGCCAUGUACGCGGCUAUCGCAAUGACCGAGACAAAGAUGGACGGCCGUGCUCUGCUCAUCAAGAACGCGAAGAGCUUCGAAGGCCGACCAGAUAAGCCCAAGGCAGAGGCCGAGGAGGCUGGCGGACGUGGGGCGAAGCCUGUUGGCAAGACCGGUGGUCACCCUCCAAACAAGCGUGUCUUCGUUGGCAAUCUGUCGUUCGACGUCGCCAAAGAAGAUCUUGAAGCCCACUACGCCCCUUGUGGAUCCAUUGAGAACAUACACAUGGCGACUUUCGAGGACUCGGGCAAGUGCAAGGGCUACGCCUGGGUCACAUUUGGAGAUGUUGAGGCUGCCACCUGCGCCGUCCAGGGCUUCGUCAUGAAGACUGAGGCUGACGUGAAAGCCAUGAAGAAGAAGAACGCAGACGGCUCCGAUGACGAAGAUACUGAGGUCAAGAACCCGACAAAGAGGAGAAAGUGGUUGUUGAACAAGCUGAACGGGCGCGAGAUGCGUUGCGAGUUUGCUGAGGAUUCCACAACACGAUACAACAAGCGCUAUGGCAAAGACAAGCCAGCAGCGCCCGUCGACGGCGUGAACCCUGACCGCUGGAAGAACUUUGGAGGUGACAAAGAGAGGCCAGGUGGACGACGAGAGCUGCGAGAGCCACGCGCGCCGCGUCCGCCCAAGAAUGGACCCAACAGCGUCCAGCCUGGUACGAAGAUCGAUCCCAGGUCCAUCAAGAGUGGUUCAGCGCACAUGAACGCUCAGAGAGCGAGUCAGGCCAUUGUCGAAGGAAAGGGCAAGAAGACCACGUUCGAGUAG